AUGCCUUUGUUCGCCAAUCCUUCACUAGUGAAAGAUCUUUGUGCUGCAAUCGCGGAGCACAUACGCAGCGACGUUGGUGAUGUCGAUGCUAUAGCUGGCCUCGAAGCACGGGGUACUCAGUAUCCAUAUAAUACUCAAUCACAUCGAAACUGUUUAGGUUUUUUGUUUGGCCCCAUUGUUGCGGUCUUCCUACAAGAUGUUGUUGAGAUUCAAAAAGAUGCCCUCCAAGCUGGUUGGAAAGUAGUUCUAGUUGAUGACUUGCUAGCUACUGGAGGCACGUUAAAGGUAUGCUUCACUACUUUGAGGCAAUUUGUGGAUCUCAAAGUGUCUGGCUUCAUUCGGGAAAAUUACGCGAGUAAUAGUGGACCGACUUUCUUAAUUGCUGCUGUUGAAGUUGUUGGAAAAGCUCAGGCAGAAGUUGCUGAAGCUUUUGUUCUUAUAGAACUCUUACCACUUCGUGGCAGAGAGCUAAUAUCCAACGUCGCUGUUACUUCUCUAUUAAAAUACAACGAAGCAUAA